ACUCCUAUACUCGUUCUUGCCUUCUUGGUUUGGAUUUACCCUUUUUACGCCCCUCUCUCUCUCUCCCUCUGCGGCCGCCCCCCACUUGCAGAAGGGGAGGGAGGUAGAGAGAGAUGGGAUGGUUUCUAUGCUCCGGCCAAUCUCCAAAGAAAAAGAGCCACCACAACAACAAGCUUCCUGCAAUUGAUCCUAAUCCUAAUCCCCCAGGCAAGUGGAAGAGUCGAUCCAAGUUGAGGGAUGAAUCUGUGAAGGAUGGAGGGGCUGACCAAAUUGCAGCAAAGACUUUCACAUUCCGCGAAUUGGCGGCUGCCACUAAAAAUUUUAGAGGCGAUUGUCUGGUAGGAGAAGGCGGCUUUGGGCGGGUGUACAGAGGGCGACUUGAUUCCAACCAGAUUGUUGCCAUAAAGCAACUCGAUCGUAAUGGACUGCAAGGGAACCGCGAAUUUCUGGUUGAAGUGUUGAUGCUGAGCCUGUUACAUCAUCCCAAUCUUGUAAAUCUUAUUGGCUAUUGUGCUGAUGGUGAUCAGAGACUUCUGGUUUAUGAGUACAUGUGUUUAGGAUCUUUGGAAGAUCAUCUUCAUGAUCCUACACCUGGAAAAAGACAACUGGGUUGGAGUACAAGGAUGAAAAUUGCUGCAGGAGCUGCAAAAGGUUUGGAGUUUUUACAUGACAAGGCAAGCCCGCCAGUAAUAUACCGCGAUCUGAAAUGCGCAAACAUUUUGCUUGGUGAGGGCUAUUUCCCCAAGCUGUCUGAUUUUGGACUGGCCAAGCUAGGGCCAGUAGGUGACAAUACACACGUGUCUACCAGAGUUAUGGGUACUUAUGGAUAUUGUGCUCCUGAAUAUGCCAUGACCGGACAAUUGACCGUUAAAUCAGAUGUUUACAGCUUUGGAGUUGUCCUUUUGGAGAUCAUCACUGGAAAGAGAGCGAUUGAAGACUCGAAAGUUGGAGGAGAGCAGAAUCUUGUUGCUUGGGCGAAACCUCUGUUCAAAGACAGAAAGACGUUCACACGGAUGGUAGACCCAAGGCUCCAAGGGGCAUACCCUUUGAGGGGAUUGUACCAAGCUCUUGCAGUAGCAGCAAUGUGUGUUCAAGAGCAGCCCAACUUGCGCCCCGCCAUAGCAGAUGUCGUUACUGCCCUUAAUUACCUGGCCAUGCAAAAGUGCGAUGACGACUCCCAAACAGUACCUCAGGACGGGCCCAUGGCUUCACCUCGAACAAUAAAGAAAGGCAGUGGCAAGAAAGGGGAUGGAAGCUCUGAUAGACCCAAUGAAAGAGACCGAAGAACCGGAAGACUAAGAUGAGAUUUCAAGUUUGAUUUGGGGCUGGUUCGCAUGCGGUUGUGGUUUGGUCUGGUCAGCAAUUUUGUAGGUUGAUGCUUUUGGUUCUUCCACUCCAUGGUGCUCUUGUGAUGUCAUUUUGUUGGGGU